UCAUUUCAAACGCUGCUUUUUGAUUCAUGGUUUUUAUUAGCAUUAAUAAUUUAGCGCUCGCUAUAUUUUACCCCCGUAUCAAACACAAACCUUCUUGGAGAUGAGCGUGGGAGUGGCCACGAGCUGCCCUAUGGACAGAGAAGGUGUGUUCACAGCUGAGUUUCAUCUGACAGCUAAAUCAGCACACUUCACCAGAGGUGAACCACUGCCAGGCCUUCAACAAAACAACAUUCAUUUUGGAGUGCUUUCCGUCUUCCAAGGUUUAUAAUGGAGCCGGGGCUGAAAAUGACUGUGUUUUUUCUGGUAACUGUUCAUCUCAAGACAGAUGUGACACGGGCCAUGCAGGUGACAUCCACGGGUCCGCAAACCAUCCAGAAGGCCCAGGGUGAAAACCUCCUGAUCGGGUGCACCUACACCCCUGGGCUCCAAGACACUGGGGAGCUGGACAUUGAAUGGUCCAACGUCAGCCCGGACAUGACGCAGAAAGACAAACUGAUCUUGGCCUACACCGAAGGGCGUAUACACAACUAUGAUCCCAGCCUCUCUGGCAGGCUCAGCUUUGUCGGUGACCCCAAGCGGGGGGACGCGUCCAUCUCCAUCACCGAUUUGAGGCUUUCAGACACGGCCACCUACCUGUGCAAAGUCAAAAAAGCGCCAGGUGUCGACAUGCGGAAAGUAACUCUUGUCGUUAUGGUUCCUCCGUCUGUGCCAAAAUGUUGGAUUGACGGCAAGGAAGAGAAAGGCAGUCCGGUCACUCUUCGCUGCAAAUCGUACCAGGGAUCCUCUCCUCUUACGUAUUCGUGGAGAAGAGAAAGCGGCGGUGCAAAACCACCUCUGGCCGUGCCUCUAAACACACAGAAUGGGGAGUAUUUGAUCAAGAACCAUUCAGACAGCUAUGCUGGAAGUUACGUGUGUGAGGCCAAAAACCCUGUUGGCAAAGCUCAGUGUAAACAGGCCCUGCAGGCAUACAACCCCACCAAUCGAGUGGGCGUCAUAGUCGGGGCUGUGAUAGGUGCGAUCCUCCUCCUCCUCCUCCUCUUGCUGGCCAUCUGGCUCACGGUCUGCUGCUGCCUCAAGUUACGCUACGAGAAGGAGGUUGCCAAUGAAAUCAGGGAGGAUACCCGUGCCCCGGAGAGCCGCCCCUCCAGUAAGAACUCCAGUUACCGCUCAGUCCUGGGCUACCGCACCCACCAAGGGGUGUCCUACAGCUCGGUGGGGAACCGCCUGAACAGUGUCAAUGAGUCCAAUGGCAGCCAUCCCAGCAACAGUGACAAGGGGUCAAAACAAAGCGCUUCAGUGAGAAAGCCCCUUCCGCCACUCAAAUACGACCAUCGCUACGGUUACCCCGUGUAACUACAAUCUAUACACUAUGGACUUCUGAAAUGAAGCGUGAAAAAAAAACACAACUUUUUUUAUUCAAAGUGUCAAAAAUGUUUUUACUUUAAGUGUAGAUCUUGGAGAAACUGUUGCCUUGACAAAUGGUGCCAAGCAGCCUCUUAAACACAACCGUGAAGGCAUAUAUUUAAUAUGCAGAUACAUGCAGGACUUUUGAUAGAAUCGGACCUCAUCUAUUCGACUGGACGUCCACCAUGAUGCACUGUCUAUGUUUUGCGUUACCGUCAGUGUGGUAAACAUCUCAAUAUUAAGUGAAUGUAGCACAGAUUUAUGAAAGUUGUAAAUAACAAAUAGUUUGUAUUAUGCUUGAGUGCUUCCUUUUCCAUUGCCUAAAUCUAGUUCAGUGCAUUUUGAUCAAUAGGUGUAAGCACAAUAAAAUAAUGUUUUAACUAACAA